AUGGCACAUCCCUUUGUCUUUGUCUCCUUCGAAUCAGCGGAGGAUGCCAUGGAUGACUCGGGCGCGCCCGGCGUGAGCACCCCAGAGGACUGGAGUGACGUGGGGCCGUUGAGCGGGCGCCUGCAAUUGGUGGAGCAGCAGGUGCAGCAGGUACAGGCACAUAUCGCCCACUUGAGUUCACAGAUGGCUGUGGUGGGGCAGAGCAUGCAGCAAGUGGAGAUGCAGCUGAUGAUGCAGCAGAAACAACACGAGGAUUUGAUGAAGCUCCUGGUGAAUUGCAUGGCGCCACAAGACAGCGCCGGCGUCGUUCAACGCGACGCGCGCAAGGCAAGGCCGGGACCCAGGGAGCGGCAGCGCAUGCGGCGAGAAGCCGAGGCCAAUUCCUUGAACCAGGUCAUCGUUCAGCCACCCGAAGUGCUGCGCCAUGUGCCACCAGUGCCACUCGAGCCACCGGCACAGCUGCCAGCACCUUCGCCAGCGCCAUCGCCAGUGCUGUUGCCUGUACCGCCAGCGCCGGCACCAGACGCUUCCGUCCCGCCGUCCCCAGUGCCGCCACCCGCUGCUGCAGCUGUGCUUGCAAAGCCGUCGGCGUCAGAGUCAAAAGGGCGAUUGGCAAUGCUGUGGUCGAGCCAUAGAAGGGUGUCCUGGUACGUGGUGAUCCUGAUGUGGUUGCUGUACCUGGCCAUGCGAGACCUGACCCCUUCGCCAACUCCUUGGGAGAUAGAGGAGGCGGCCGACUUCGACGUCGGCUCCGUCUCGCAGCCUUGGGAAGCCAGGAGGGACGCAAGGAGGCUGCGAGAGCUGGGUCACCUGCAGCUGUCAGUGUCGGACUGCCAGGGCGCAGCACAGCUCUUUGGCAGGGCUUUGGAGCUGGCGAACAGCACCGUGAGCCUCGAGGACACUGAGGCGCUGCGCCAGGAGUUGGGGUUCGCCCUGGUCUGCGCGCGGCGCUUUGAGGAAGCCAUUGGGGUCCUGGGGCAGUUCGCGCCUGCGGAGCUGCCUGUGCACCUGUUGAAUGCGCUGGGCUUCGCCCAUUUCCACCGCUCGGAGGUAGUGGAGGCUGCGGACUGUUGGCAAGAAGCCUUGCACUUAGCGCCUCAAAACCCCGUGCUGUGGAACAACCUUGGCGCAGCGCGGGCGCUCCUGGGCGAUGUUCGGGCCUCCGAGGCGCUGCUGAUGGCGCUCAGCACGGCGGAACAGCUCAGCACGGCCGCGGGGAGGUACUACCUGCAGCUUGUGUCCAACAACAUCCAUACGCAUCGACGCUAUGCGGCUCCUGAGCUACCGUCGCGCCAUGAGUUGCAUGUCGAGAUCUUCCAUUGUAUAGCCUCGGAUUCUUGGAGCCGAAAUCUUGGGGAUUCAACCAGAGUGGUGUCGUUGUUGGUUGGUUGGUUGGUUGGUUGGUUGGUUGGUUGGCUGGGUGGUUGGUUGGUUGGUUGGUUGGUUGGUUGGGAUCCCCAAUAUCACAUAGAAACGCAUAGAGAAAAACCCCUCAGGCUUGUUGAUUGUGGAAGCCAAAAUAAAUCCAUAACAGUAUGUACUAAACCAGGGUUUCUGGGAAGCUGUUUAUAA